UAAGGGAAUUCUGUAAUUAUUUUCUCGUCGAAUCAUUUCUUUGAUGUACCUUUCCCUUCUCCUGUACUACCUUCCUUCUGAAAAGGCUGCUGUAUUUGAUAGAGCUUCAUUAAGAGGAAUCCGACUACAAGACGUGGUGUUAGCUUCAGUGUUUCCUUUACACAACCAUAGUCAUCAACCAGAAAUAAUGGCUUUCACCUCCGAAAAACGCAAUGGAAGUCGUGCUACUUCAUAUACUUUCUCUCCAAAAAUAUCACAGAUACCUGAAGCUCCAUCUCCAAUUCUUCCACCAAAUAUCCGUAUGUGAUAAUCUUACUUUCAAGAUGCUGCAGAAAUUAUCCUCCUACAUUCUCCAUCAGCUCUUCAUCUAGAACAAAACCCUCUUCUAACGAAAUACCACAGACCCAACAACUUUCUGCGCCAUCGGUGCUCAUGCCUGCGACCUCGAUAUCCUCUCCCGACUACACACUCAAACGGUGCGAGCCAUGGGCCGCGAUAUUUCCCGCGAUGAAUUCUAUCUCCGAAUGGAAGGUCGUCCAGCUAGAGGUCUCACGCCCAUUUCUCCCAAUACCAGCAUUAAUCAACUCUCUUCCUCCAACACAAAAAUCACUCCUGAACAUCUGAUUUCUGGAAAGUUUAGAAUAGGAAACAGUCAGACUGGGUUUGGAAAUGAAAGUUUGAAGAGUGGUACUAGCGCGAUGGAGGCAAUAGAACCAGAUAAGAAGUUUAGAGAAUUUGUAGCGAGAUGUGUGGGGAUUACACCGCAAGCUUUGUUUAUGGGAGUUGGGGCUACGGAGAGGGCGGAUAGGAAGGUUGGGAGAGGGCCUGGGCUUACGGCUAAGGAGGAGGAGGAGAAGGGUGUUUAUGAGAGGGUUGAUUGGGGAGAUGGGAUUUCGGAGUAUGUUUUUUGGUCUUUUGUGUUUUUGUGACCAGUUUGAGGGACCUUAGAGAAAUUAAGCUAACUUGAACAUAGGUAUGAUGUAUGGGUUGAUAUGGUAUGUAAGGAAGUUCUGGCUAUGAGAAGAAGACUUGAUGCUUCGAGAGGAUGAAGUUGAGAAUAGCGAAGGGAUCAUUUUCUUCUAUUGGCGCACUUAUAGUAGUUAUUCUUCGAUUUAAUGAACUGAAGGGAUUUAAUAUUUGGAGGUGGGUUGUCAAAGUUCUGUUGCCAUUGCUCAUCCCAGCUCAUAUCAAUCAAUGAGGUGUCAAGAUUCGAAGCUGAUCAUGAUUUUCGGAAGGGAAACACAUGUGUGACGGAAAUUGCUUUGCUAUAAUUGCUCUCAUAAUACGCAUUUAAAUGUGCAUCAACUAUCAUGCUAUUGCAGUUGGUCAACUAUACUUCACAAGAUCUAAAUGAGAUUCACCUAGUAGAUCACGCCCUUUUAAUUUCUUCGUGGUAGGGGUGCUUUGAUCGGAUAGUGUAUACCUACAUAGAGUACGGUUUUGGCUUUGGAAGGUAUUGUAGGGGUGCCUUGAGGUGUCUUGAUCGUAUUACAUGAUUUAGAUUAGGAUUGCUGGCUGUUGUGGCUGGAGGUUUUGAGUUUGGUGUUUGUGGGGUGAGAUGGGGUGAGGUAAAGGAGUAUUUGUGAAUAGAGUGGAUACAUUC